AUGUUCUCUGAGGAAGAGCAGACAUCCCCUACAUCCUCCUCUUCAUCGCCACCUCCAUCCUCCCACUUCAUCGGGAGGAAAGAAGACGUUGUCCAGGCCAAGCGUGUCACCAAGCUGGUGGGCGGGAGGGACGUGCUGGUUCUCUGCCACCAGGGCAAGCUCCACGCCAUGGACAUGCGCUGCUACCAUACCGGUGGACCACUGCAGGAGGGAGAUAUCGAGGAGUUUGACGGGCGGAUGUGCAUCGUGUGUCCGUGGCACAAGUACAAGAUCACGCUGGCAGAAGGCGAGGGGCUGUACCAGGCGGUGAACCCCUCGGCUACACCCCCUAAACCCACCUGGUGCUCCAAAGGGGUCAAACAGAGAGUUCACCAGGUCACAGAGGUCAACAGGGAUGUGUAUGUCACAUUUAACGACUCACCGGACACCAUUGACUCUGACUUCUACCAGACAGAGAGAUACAGGGCCACUAUGAAUAAGGCCCAGCCCAAGACUAAGAAAUUACACGAGAAGGUGACAAGCAGGAAAGUGUAA